AUGCACCCGUGUAGGGCGAAGUUUUACAAGUCCGAUUGGUCGGACGGAGUCAACCGCAAGUCCUUGCCGGCAAUCAUGUUUUUCUACUUCACUUGCCUCCUCCCGGCGGUGGCGUUCGGGGGAAUUGCGACCCAGGUAACCCAGGGUACGCUAGGCGUGAUCGAGUACGUGGUGUCGUGCGGUCUGGGGGGGAUGACGUACGCGGCUUUCGGCGGCCAGCCAAUGACGUUCAUCGGCCCGACGGGGCUCACGCUGACGUUCAUGACGUCACUCUACAGGUGCCUCGGUGCAUUCAUGAUUGAUUGGUGGU